UAAUUAAUUAAACUAAUUUACGAUCGGUUUUUCGAACAAUUAUAUUAUUUUCCUUUUUUCGUUAUUCUUGAGUUGGUGUUUUAUUAAAUAAGCUAAAUAAGUAAACAAAAUUUAUUAUUCGUUGAAGCAGUGAAAUUUUUGAUUCAUUUGUUAUCAUUCUUUGAAAUAAAAUUUCAUUCUUUGAAUAAAAUAUUAUUAUUGUCAAUAAUUGUAUAUUGAAAAAAAGGACAAAAUUUGUUGGAUAAAUGUUAAAUUUCCUAUGGAAAAAAUAUGUGUCGAUGGAAUGAAACUCAAAAUGAAUAAUGAAGAACUAUAAGUAAAUGUUUAAAUAAUAACGAGAAGGAAUUGACGAUGAAAUUUAAAACAUGGAAUGUGAAAAAGAAUUGAUAUGAAAAAUGUAAACAUUUGGAAGAUGGUCAUUUAAUUCUGAAUUGAAUUACAGUUUAUUUAGCCUUAUCAGAAUAAUAUAUUAUUUAAAAAUUUCACUUUGACUUCAUGGAGGACUCAGUAAUGCUUGAGAAGGCGCUCUUGUCUAUUGAGAGCCAUGAUAUGGAUUUCUCAGUAGUUGAAAUGGAAAAACUGGAUUUGGACAAUGAAAAUGUGCAUCAACAUUGGGAAACAGAUGCAAGUCUCUGCGAUAAAGAUGACACCAGUCUUCAACGAUGCUUCAUCAAUGCCAUUACUUUUGAUUCGAUACAUCAAGAACAAAUCGCCGAGAAAUCACCACCUUUGCCAAUAAAUAAUUUCCCACAGACGAAAUUCUACAAAAUUCAAUGCUUCAUUUGUCAAAAGUGGUUUCUAAACAAUGACACAAUGGUGACACAUUUAAAACUCCAUUGCAGUGGAAAUAAUUGUCAAGUAUGUGAUCAAAAUUUUCCCGACUCCGAAACACUCUGUACGCAUAUGUUAAUUCACAUUGGAAUGAAUUUCACCGAGAAAUCGUUCCCCGAUAGGUUAAUUUUAGAAAAUCAGUUACAUUCACAUUCUAAUGAUGGUGAAGAAAGAGAAGAACGUGAAGAAAGAAGAGAAGAAAAUGAAGAAAGAGGGGAAGGUGAAGAAAGAGGUUAUGGUGAAGAAAGAGGUGAUGGUGAAGAAAGAGGCGAAGGUGAAGAAAGAGGUGAAGGUGAAGAAAGAGUCAAAGGUGAAGAAAAAGCAGAAGGAGAAGAAACAGAAGGAAGAGAAAGAGCAGAAGGAAUAGUGGGAUUUCAAGGGCAAUUCGAAGUGAACGAAAACAUCAAGUGUGAUAAUUAUUUUUGUGAUAUUUGUCAGGAGUCGUUUCAAGAAAGGGACGAUUUCAACCGACAUUGUUUGAUUCAUGGGAGCUUUAACGAAGGGGAGAAAUUCGAGUCCGAGUUGCGCCAUCAUCAUCAUCAUCAACGCAGGACGAAGCAAUUCAAGUGUACACUUUGUCAGAGAUGCUUCGCGCAAAGAGCCGCUCUAAACAACCACAUGUUGUCGCACACCCGAGACAAGCCGCACGCUUGCAGUGUCUGCGCGAAGACAUACAAAAGAAAGUCCGAACUCAUGAGGCACUCGAUGGUCCACACCGGCGAGCGGCCCUACGAGUGCAAAGAGUGCCUGAUGACAUUCCGCGAGAAGGCAAAGCUGAAUUCGCACAUGCUGGUCCACACCGGCGAGAAGCCGCACGCCUGCCACAUUUGCCAGAAGGCUUGCGCGAGAAAGUCCGAUCUAACUAGUCACAUGCUCUCGCACACUGGCGGCCAAUACGACUGUCACGUUUGCGAGAAGAUUUUCACCCGCAAGUCAGAUUUGAAUCGACACGCUUUAAUUCACACGGGCGAGAAGCCGUUCGCCUGUGAACAUUGUGAUAUGGCCUUUAGGGAGAAGACGCGACUGAAUUCGCACAUCCUCGUGCACACUGGCGACAGGCGGCACGUGUGUCACAUUUGCCAGAAGUCCUUCAAGGAGAAGGCCACGCUGAAGAAGCACUUGCUGACCCACAUGGGCGAGCGGUCCUACGAAUGCUACGUCUGCCAAAAAACAUUCACUCAGAAGACAACGUUGAACAGUCACAUUUUAAUCCACGACGAUGUGUCGUCUUAUGAGUGCAGCACUUGUCAGGAGGUAUUUAACGAUAGAGGUCAGUUGAAGAAGCAUUUAUUGACGCACACGGGGAAUAAAUUUAACGACUGUCCGAUUUGUUUGAAGAAAUUUACGCACAGAUCGGCGCUGAAUAAUCAUAUUUCCACUUCGCACAGAUCCUGAGAUGUAGUCUUAUUGUUUUGAUUUCUCCAAGAGCAACAUUUCUCCAGUGGUUCAAUCUAAAAAAAUUGUCAGAUCGGAGGUAAUGUUUUUGUUGAUAGAACUAUGAUAAUUUUCCUAAAUCCGACAUGAGUCCUGAUAUCCUGUGGACUAACCAUAAAAUUUUAUUAGUUAAAAAAGGAUAGACGUAUAUCUACGUUCUUUUCUUGCCACUGGGAUUUUCUAGUUAGUCCACAAGCCACCAGGACCUAGGUUAAUUAUAUUAGCUAUUAUACCAUACGAUUUAACCAUUUUUAGUCAAAUCAUAAAAAAAUUCGAAUAAACUGUCAAAUAAAAGAAAUAUUGAAUAAAAUAUACUGUUGCAACUACCCUCAAUUAAAUUUUAUUAAAUAUUUCAGUUAUUUGACCUUUUUUAAAAUUGUUCUUUAAUGAUUUCUUUAAUUGGUUAAAUCUUAUGGUACGGCUGGAAGAAUUUUUUAUAAUUUUAGUUAAUUUAUUAAUUAUCUGUGAACGCGUGAUUUGACCUUUUCCGGAGAACCAUCCUUAAACUUAUUUUAGUCCCAAAAGUCAGAUUUUGGUGGUCCGAAUCUAAGCUUCCCGUUUUAAGAGAAUAUAUUAUUUAAAAAAUUGGCGCUUAGUGAUUCUUAUGAAUUUUUGUAUUCUCUUACAGAAUCUACAAGAAAAUUUGAAUUUCAAUUUAAAAAAGAAAAAUGACCUAAACAAAGAUAACAGUUUUUUUUUAUAAAAUUAAAAAUGACUAAGGUCUCUGAAGUUGACGGCGACGCAAAGCAUCGAAAAAUAUUUUUUUUCACAAAACCGAAAAAAUGACUUAAUUUUUUCCAAGGUUUAAGAUUGAAAAAAGUACCUACAUAUAAAAAUUUCAUAUGGAAUGCCCCAUUUUUUUCUGAUUAACGAAAUUAAUAUUUUGAGAAAGUGCAUUUUUAUUUUAAUUUAUAUAUCGUACGCUCGAAUUACUUCCACUUUGAGGAAUGGGACAUAAAUUAGAUUUGUGUCUAGUUUAAGAUAGAAAUCUCUACUGCAAUUGUACGAGAAAAAAGAUGUAAACGUUCUAUUUUUGUGCAAUGUAUUUUUUAUGGUGUUUAUAUAAUACAUAGAGAGAGAGAAAGAGAGAGAAAUUCCGUCAUUUAUAGGUUUUUCGAUGACUUAAAAAAAAUAUGUAGAAAAAUUAUAUUUUUUUAAACGUAGUUUAUUAUAUAUGGGAGUUUAAAUAAUAAAAUAAAAAUCAAUAUUUUGUUUACGAAUGUUAUACAUAUUUAACGAUACAUAACAAUAAUUAUUAUUUAAACAUCUCUUUGUGAAACUUGAGGCUUUAUUUUGAAAAUGAUAAAAUAUUAAAAUGUUUAUCAUUGUUUUAUUAUAUACUUAUAAGUAACAUAAAAAUUAUAAUUUGAUUAUAUAUUCAAAAAAUAUAUUUGAAACUGUAUAGUAUUGUUUUAAAAAAAUUAUAUAUUGAUCUAGGCAAUUAUGCUCCUCUUCAAAAACGACGUUAUGUGUUCAUUUGCAAUUUGAAACAAUUUCUGAAAUUUAAAAGAAUUGUUUCAAAAAUUAAGACUUGUAAUAAA